AUCAUCACAGUACCAUUUCCAAAUCCAACUCGCCCGCUAAAAUAAAAGUUUAAGAGAUGGUGCGUCCAAGAACACUUCGCGAGGGAGUUUUCGUUGAUAUGCCUCAGCGGUUUGACACUGUUGACGAAUGUUGCUUCUAAAUUUAGCGACAUUCAUUCGUCGUAAAUUGCAGCGUUGAACCAUUCAGAGCAGAAGUGUGAGGUGGGCAAACGAACAGAAAUAAAGCAAAGGAGAGCCAAAUAUGAGGAGCAUCGUGACGAUUGUGGUUUUCAAUCUUCUCCUGGGUUUAUUCCCGAUGAGAACAGCUUCACGUUGGUGGUUCAUUUCACAAGUGUUCCAGCUUGGUUCCAAGGCCAUCUGUAACCAUGCAGCUGGUCUCCCUAACUUCGAACUGUGUCGGAAGAACCCUAAUGUUUUGAUAAGCAUUGGGAAAGGCGCCAAGCUAGGAAUUGAAGAAUGCCAACAGCAGAUGAAGAACGAGAGGUGGAAUUGCUCCACGGUACCUCGGGAUUUCAGUGUGUUUGGAAAAGUCUUGAAGAUAGCAAGCCGUGAAACUGCCUUCGUGUAUGCGAUUACCUCGGCUGGAGUUGUACACGCGGUAGCUCAAGGCUGCAUCCGCGGUGACCUGAAAAACUGCUUUUGCAACCAAACACAACUAAGAGGAAACCGAGAAGAUUUUGUGUGGUCUGGAUGUUACGAUCACAUCGCUCACGGUAUCGAAGUUGCCAAGCUUUUUGUGGAUUCUGAUGAACAGCAAAACGAUGCUCGGGCAAAAAUGAAUCUUCACAACAAUAUGGUCGGAAGAACGGUCGUAAAAAAUCGCACAGUCGUGAACUGUUUGUGCCAUGGUCCUUCUGUAUCAUGUGUCAUGCAGACCUGCUACAGAAGUUUGGCUCCUUUCAGCGCCGUGAGUCGCCAUCUUCGCGGAAAAUAUGACAAUGGCGUUCUUGUGAUUGUUGAUCAGAAGGGGGAGAAAUUCGUGGUGGCUAAUGAGACUAAGGACAAGUCUUGGCGUGACAGCCUCGUGUUCUUUCAAAAGUCUCCGGAUUACUGCGUCCCGAACCCCGACUUAGGCUGGCCAGGAACCACGGGAAGGGUGUGUUACAAUGGGAACACGACCACAGCCGCGGGUAACGGGACAUGUGAGACAUUGUGCUGUGGGCGCGGGUUCAACACGAUCCAAGUCGAGGAGGAUUACAAGUGCAAUUGCAAUUUUGUCUGGUGUUGUGAUGUGAAGUGCAGCACGUGUAAAGGAACUGUUGAAAAAAACGUCUGUAAAUCGCCCGAGGAGUAUGUUUCUGAAGGAAACAGUAAGAUCGAGAAAGACGCAGAAACGGCGGGUAAACAAUCGCGAAAAAGAAAGAACAAGGAACAAAGUGUUUUACCUCGCACUGACAACAACAAUCGAGAAGUGAAGAAGAUCAAAGGUUAACACCUCCCAUUGAACUAGAGAAGACUGACAAAGGAAUGACAACAAUGAAGUCGGUGAAAAAGCACAAUAGACAGAGAAAAAUUCUAUGUAGUUACAAAGUAGGCGAGUUUCAGCAAGUGCUGUAUGUGCUUUAAAGUCAUUGUGUCAUCGAAAACAGUAACUUUUCUUUACUUUUCAAUAGAGACUUUGGAGGUUAACAGUUUGGCAUAAGA